UACCCACUCUCAUUCACUUGUUGUUUCUUCGUACACUCCCUCAUUGCCCUCUUUCAUUCAGUGAUUCUUGCUCUGUCUCUGAAUCCUCAUUCCUUCCUUUCCGUCGCACUCAAUGCGUCGUGGCUCGACCGGUUGAAUUCUCUCCAGGCUGCGCGCUGGCGGGGACGUUACAUCACUCUUGCCCCCUGCUUGAAUUGUCCCAUGCAUAGAUCUUGAUAACACCCUUUUGAAUCUGUGAGGAGUUGCAGAUGGGAAGACUCGAACCUGCUAUAUACGUGGUUGUGAGACCCGCCUCGCCUUCGUUGUAAUACCCCAUCUAUCUUCAAUAGCCCGACCCGCAGCUUCGCUUAUCACCAUGGCCGAUUUUAUUGCCUUUCAUACUUACUACUCGCGUCAUAAUUUCCUCUCACCUUCCACAAUGCUUCCGCGGCCCACCAGCCACAGACGAUCUCUCUCCUCCGAGAACAGGUCGCUGUCCCCGGACAGAACCAUCACCAAAGCGCGAUCUACAAACGAUCUGUCGGAAAUUGUUACCGAGAAACCAGCUCCUGGAGUCCGUUCGUCCAGUGUUGGGAAUUUUCCAGACAGCAACUUUAAUACCCUCAAAGAUCCGAGACUUACAGGCAGCACGGAAAGCUCGGAAACCGCUUCUUCCACACAGUCGCACCACCCCGAUCUCAGCAACGAAGUCGCCGCCUUGAGCGUCAAGCUUGUCCAAGCGAUCAACAACCAAACCACGUUAGACGAUAGCUUAGUCGCCACCCGUCAGGAAUUGGAGCAGGCCCAGAGCAGGAUUCGCAUUCUCGAGUCCGAGAACGAAAAAUACCGACGCGACAUUGACCAGGAGGUUGUAAUCAAGAAAUCCGAUGUCGACUACGAGAUGUUGCGCCUGAAGGCCGCUUUGGCAGAAGAGAAGGCUCAGCGCGCGCUCGCAGAGAAGGAAAAGAAGGGCAUCGAACAAGAACUCGAAACUUUGACUGCCGCUUUGUUCGAGGAGGCCAACAAGAUGGUCGCAGCUGCCAAGCUUGAGCGUGAAGCGGUGGAAAAGAAAAAUGAGCAAUUACGUGCUCAGGUCAAGGAUACCGAAGCACUUCUCGCAUCGCAUCAGGAGCAAUUGGCUGAACUGAAAUCUGUUUUGCAAGGAAUGAAUAUCACUAAAGACGACGCUGAUGCUCGCACCAUCAUUUCGACUGCGCCGUCUUCUCCUGCUGCACCCCUACGCCCUCCUUCAAUCAGGAAAAACAUUGAGAGCCCAGAUGUCGCGGAAGAUAUCAUUCCCAUAGAAGAAUUGACCCCGGGUCCAUGCACCAGCUUUCCACACUUGAUCAAAGCUGUCUGUCGCACUGAUAUCCAAGCAUAUGAGGAUUUCCGAGAAUUGUUCACUACGUCCAAAUUGUCCAAGCCGCCGAGUCGCGCCACCAGCGGGUCUUAUGCUGGCUUGAAUGUUAUGAGCUUAGCUAGUCUGAGCACCAGCGGUUUCGGUUCUGCAUCUUCAUCACCUGCCAAAUCCAACACGCAUUCACCUAGUGGGAGCGUGUCUUCUCCUCAACCUGUUACCUCUCAUAUUCCUUUGAAGGAAACGCGUUUCUACAAGCGGGUGGUCGUGGAAGAUAUUGAGCCAACAUUGCGACUGGAUGCCGCCCCAGGGAUUUCAUGGUUAACUCGGCGGUCUGUUCUGGGCGGAAUUUGUGAGGGAAGCCUGUUGGUUGAGCCCAUGCCUUCGUCUGCCAAAAGAUAUGAGUUCCCAUGCUCGCUCUGUGGGGAACGCAGGACUGGCUCUGUCAACGAGAGGACUCAUCGCUUCCGCACAUCCGAUAACGAGACUGCCCAGCGCUACCCGCUUUGUGUGCUUUGUCUGGAGAAGGUGCGCUCAUGUUGCGAGUUUACGGGAUAUCUCCGUUUGAUUCUUGAUGGACAUGUCCGUAUUGGGGAUGCGGAUGAGGAAAAGGACGCAUGGGAUGAAACCAUCAGAUUGAGGGAAAGAAUGUUUUGGUCCCGAAUCGGUGGCGGCAUCAUUCCAUUGUUCAACCAGUCACACCGACACCACGCACACCACGAGAGUUUCUCAAGCGCCGCGGAGAUGCCCCUGGAGACGAUUGCCGACGGACCAGAAGGAAGCCUGCCCGAUCUUACGCGCGAGACUGAGGAUGAAAGCCUACAAGUACGAAACAUCGACGAGUCGGACAACGAGCAGCAGGAAAAGACCUCCUUGAACGAGGACCCAUUCGUGUCUGCUCCCUCGGACGUUGAAAUCCCCGUGACUGUAUCGGUGCCUGACGAGGGUACGGAUACUGAAGACCAGGAAAAAUUAUUCCAUGAUACACACGAACAAAUCGAUGGGCCAUCGACUAUUGUCCAAAUUGCCCACAUUGACGAAAGCGAAGAACAACCUCCUGUGCAUAUCGACCACCCUGCAUCGAAGAGUGGAGUUUGCUAAUUCAUUGCACCCAUCAUAUCUCAAGACCUUUCGAUACAUCGACAAUAGACAUACAUGAUUGUCGUCGACCUUCCAUUCUCGCGUUUCAGAGCCUCCUGUUUCGAUAUCCAAUUGCUAUAUAUCUUUCUCUUCGCUUCACACACCAUAUCUUUCUCGUGUGGCUGCUUGCUUAAUCACUCACCGAUCCCGUCGUUUUGCACC